AUGAAGGUGCUUCUUUGGUUUCCUUUCUCCGUAUUUGUGAGGGAUAAGUCCAUGAAGAAGCAACGUACUGUGACUCGGGACAAAAAUGAAACAGUGCUGAAAGCCCGUGAUCGCCAUAAUGCUUGUAUUGUCCCGAGAGCUGUACCCAUCGUAGAGGCAAUGGUAGCUUUGGUUAUUGUGGACCAGUUGAUGGCACAAUAUGCACAGUGUAAUCUGUUUCCCGUAAACAGAGAUUUGCAAGAACCCUUGGUGGCCGCAUUAGAGCCAGAACAAGAUAAGUUCAAGUUUGAUCUUGCGAGGAUCCAGCUCUUGGUCUACAUGUUCUCCUUGUGCCAGAUAUUUGUGCGGAUGCAAUCUAUCUCCUAG